GUGUUACAAUAUUCAACCAGUUCAAAUACAUAUUUCAUAUAGAUACUUUAUAAGAAAUAAUUAUACUUAAAUUUGUUCAUUAUUUAUAGUAAAAUAUGGUUUCUUCGUGCUUUGGAUUGCCGCUGCGGACAGGAACAAGUAUUAUAGCAAUUAUCAAUUCAAUUGCAUCGAUUUGUUAUAUUGUCUAUUACUUUUGGGAAUAUACCGUAAGUCAUGAACCCCUAUCGGAAAACCAAAUAUUGUUCAGCAGUCGAAAUGAAGCCUUAGCACAAGCUACAGACGAAGUGUUUUUGAAUUACGUCACAUUAGUUUUUAUGCUCGUCGGAUUUACUUCACUAUUCGCGAGUUUUGGCCUGAAACAAGCAACAUUGCAUAAUGCUGCUCACAAGAUUUAUCUGUGGCUUUUGAUUAGCUGUGUCCAAUUCGGUACAGCUGUCACCAUUGAGAUUGUUGUGUUAUUUAAACACACAAUUUUUGUCCGAUAUCAUAUACCCGGAUUCUUAUUAUGCUUUGUGAUUAUUGACGCUGCUUUAGUGUACCAGAUUUUAGUAGUACAGUCUUUCUAUACAGAAGAGAAAUUAGUCGAAGAGACCAAUUACAGUAGACUGCGUUCGGAUUUGACAUCACAAAUUGAACAACACGACGAAGAAGAAUUUCAAAAUGUAGAUCUUUAAUAUAUCUUUAAUUUUUGUAUUAUUUUUGUUUAUUUUGGGUGAAGUGCCUGAGUACUACCUUUGUCAUAGGGUACACAAUAUUAUUAUAAUAAUUAUUAUUAUUAACUUGAUACUCUUGAAAAAUUUUUGACAAACCAAUGAACCAUAGUCAACAUUAUACACUGCAAUGAGCUUUUAAAUGUUAUUAUAUUUAGAUAUUUUCUUUUUACAAACUAACGACUAAUGUUAAUGUUAGAAUUGUGGCAUAUCUUAAUCGACGACCAUACCUAUUAUAUUAUUUUGUACUUAUUAUUUUAAUAUAAAUUAUAAUUCAAGAUUAAUAUUUCAACAGUGUACGAAGCUACUAACAUAUAUUUCAAGAAUUGAAUUACCAACGGUAAACCCAAGACCGGAUUAAGGAUCCGUUUGGCCCCGAAAUACAAGAUUCUUAGAUUCUUAAUAAUCUUUAGAAUUCAUAGGACCGUAUACAUACUACAUAGUUGACGCUUAUUAUUGCUAACUAAUAAUUAUUGAUUAAGCUAUACUUAUGACUCAAAUGAGAUUCAUAAACGAAACUUUAGAAAAG